UUUCCUUUUCUCUUGGAAGCUCCGCCGUUGCUAUUAUUUUUGCUUAAUUCUAGCUUGGAAGUACACAUUUCCUUUUUUCUUUGCCUUGCUCAGGCAACAACCCGAACGCCUCUCGUUUCAACGACGAGCAUACCGCCGUAAUGUCGCGCCCUUUAACCAAAGACGAGGAGGUCCGGUACACGGCCAUCAUCGACAGCAUCCUGGCGACGGCGGACCUGAACACCGUGACACGCAAGAAGAUUCGAGCUGGGUUGGAGAUGGCGCUUGGUGGGAAGGAUUUGAGCGACCAGAAGGACGCUAUCAAGAGAUUAAUCGAGGAGCGCUUCGAUCGCCUGGCCAGCGGCGCAGCAGACGAAGCCGACGCCACGGCGGUAAAAGCCGAAGCGUCAGCCACGAACGGCCACAGCGGAGACGGGGAAGGAGAAGAAGAAGAAGAGACAAAAGUGCAUGCAGGCGAUGAAGAAGAAGAAGACGCAGAAGGGUCCAGCGAGGAGGCGGACGUGGCUGCUUCUUCGAUGCCGGCUCGCAAGAAGCAGAAGCGGUCCGAGUCGGAGGAAGACGCCGACGCGCGGCUCGCGGCCGAGCUCCAGGCGCAGGAAAACAAGCUCGCCCGGACGCGGAUGACGCGGGGCGGCAGCGUGGGAAAGAAACGGAAAGCGCCGCGCAAGAAGAGUGGCAAGAAGGCGCGCCAUGACGAUAGCGACGGCGGCGGCGGCGAGGGGAGCGAGGAGUCGGCUCCGAAGCGCAAGGCGGGCGGGGGGUUCCAGAAGCCGUUUACGCUCAGCUUCCCGUUGGCGCAGCUGGUGGGCGAGCCUCAGCUAUCGCGACCGCAGGUGGUCAAGAAACUGUGGGAGCAUAUCAAGGCGAACGAACUGCAAGAUCCCAGUGACAAGCGACAGAUUCGAUGUGACGAGAUGAUGCACGCGGUUUUCAAGCAGUCCAGGGUCGACAUGUUUCAGAUGAACAAGAUGAUUGGCAGUCAUCUGUAUCCGGUGGAUGAGGAACAAUGAAAAAAGAACAAGGAUGCGAGAUGGGCGCUGGAACGAGAGGGAGAACACAAAGACAGAGAAGUGGAGGAGACGAAGAAGAGACAGAGAAGAAGAAUGGCGGCGAUACUAUCUCGAGACGCGGCACCCGCACCCCAUGGGGGGAGGGUCAGGGGGAGGGCGGCGACACAAACCGGUGAACAUGUAGCGAGGGUUACCCGGCGUUUGGCAGGGCAGGACAGGGCAGGACAGGGCAGGACAGGGCAGGACAGGGCAGGAAACUGGUGGGGGGUUUGGUCCAUUCUGGCUGGUGUUUUGCGCUUUUUCACUU